ACUUCCGCCUAUAUAAACCUUAGACAUUCCAAUCCAACUCAAUCAAAAUGACCGAAAGCAAAAUCCUGUUAUUCCCCCUCAAACUGUACUUUUUAUUCGGCUAUCACCCUGACUGCAGUCAGAAAUUCCGAAAAUUGGCCCUCCUUGCCGGAUUAUGGAUGUACGCAUUUCCGUUCUAUUUAUCAAUCAAGGGAAUUCUAUUUUAUCGAAAAACGGACUUCUUGCUCAUGCUUGAGUGCCUGGAAGCGGCCUUUUUGUUCGGAGAACCACUCUUUCGCCACUUGGCUAUUCAUUACCACGUCAGUAACUUAAAAAAUGUCCUAAAUUUGAGACAAAAAGCCCAAAUUGAUGGUUUGGAAGGCGAAAGUUUGUUUUACUACAAUUUGGGCAAAACCUUCACUUUUAACUACAUGAUUGCUGGUUUUGUGGUACUUUUUGGUUUUUGCGUCCAACCUUUCAUCAGUGGUAAAUUACCCGCAACCACGUACUUACCAGAGGGUUAUUUUGUCACGUUUUGCAUUUAUUACACCCUUUCGGGGUGUUACGUCGUGGUUACUGUGGUAACCACCGAUGCUCUUUUUUGCUCCUUGUGUACCACAGCAAUCGUCAAUUUUAAAAUUUUGAAACGCAAAAUACAAAACAUUAAACGGACAAAUUUGAGACAUGAAGUGAAAAAAAUUGUUGACCAACAAAAUUUCUUACUCAGAUAUUGUGAGGCUCUUGGUGAGAUGUAUAGUGACAUUUUUGUUGUUUAUUUUUGCUUCUCUAUCGGUGCCAUUUGUAUGCAAACCUACAUCUCGACCAAUGACCAACUCGAAUCAGCGAUCAGGAUCAAAACUUCGAUUUAUGCAGUUGGUCUCUUCGCUCAAUCAAUCUUGUACAGCAUUUCGGCCGAAAAUGUUCUUUCAGCAGCUUCUGAGAUUGGCGACGCUGCGUAUGACUCACCCUGGUACAGGUUUAGUGACGCUCAGUAUACUAAAAGUUUAGUUUUGGUUAUUUCUAAAGCGCAAAGGAAGGUUAUUUUCAGUGGGCGUGGUUUGGUGACAAUUAAUUUUACAACGCUCACUGUGAUAAUCAAGACGGCCGUGUCAUUCUAUGCCUACUUGAAUUCGCUAGGAAGCGGCUAAAGUUGUUAAAAAAAUCAUUUUUUUUAUUUUUUUCAAUUAUGGCAAAACUGUUCGAAAAAGUGGAACUAUUUUAAAGUGAAUCUAUGUAAAAUGGUUUGGGGAAUCGACUGGCGUUAAAAAAAUCGCCAAAUCGUCAGUAAUUUUUAAGUUAUGAUUUUUUUUAUGAAAAUCUAGAAAUUCCUCUGUAAUCGGAACUGUUGGUCGAAACGGUUCCAGG